UGACAGACGGUCGAGUGGAUGUGCGCGCGUGGAGACGUUGCGAUCUUGAAUUUGCCUAUCCUGCUACUCCUGAAUUUCACCAUGUCAUCAGAGGAAGACAGUUGCCAAGCUGUUGAGGAGCAGCCCCCAGUCAAGGUUCCCCGUCUGGAUCCUGAAGUAUCCACCCCCACGGCCCCUGUACAGGAACUGCUGCAACAAGCAGUAGGCUUUGCUUGUCAAUUAACUGACCAGCAAUUUGCUAAGUGUAUGGAUCGCAUUGAUCCGUUACGUCAUCUCAGGGAUGAGUUUGAAAUCCCACGAAUGAACACAAUACCAACAGCGGAUGAGUCUGUCGUCAACAUGGAUGAUGAUGGUAUCUACAUGUGUGGUAACUCCCUGGGUCUGAUGCCACACGCCAUCAGAGCAAUUGUGACUCAGGAGUUAGACAAAUGGGCACAUAUGGGCAUCCUUGGACAGUUUGCUGGCCAUAUGCCAUGGGCCAUGUCAGAUGAACUCAUACUGGCAAAAAUGGCCAAGAUUGUGGGGGCCAAUGAAAAAGAGGUAGCUAUUAUGAAUGGACUGUCAGUCAAUAUACACAUGUUGCUGGUCUCCUUCUACCGACCAACCAAGGAACGACAUAAAAUCCUCAUUGAAGAACAUGCUUUCCCAUCUGAUCAUUAUGUUGCUGAAUCUCAGAUAAGUUUGCAUGGUUACGAUCCCAAGACCAGCCUGGUACUUGCAAAGCCUAGAGAGGGGGAGCAUUGUCUACGGAUGUCUGACGUCUUAGAUUUGAUAGAUCGUGAAGGUGACAGCAUUGCAGUCAUCUUGCUACCAGGGAUUCAGUACUACACAGGGCAAGUCUUUGAUAUGAAGGCUAUUACUGAGGCUGGACAUAGAAAGGGAUGCCUUGUUGGCUUUGACUUGGCUCACGCUGUGGGUAAUAUAGAGAUGCAGCUACAUGAUUGGAAUGUAGACUUUGCUGCAUGGUGUACAUACAAGUAUCUGAAUUCUGGUGCUGGUGCCAUAGCAGGGGCCUUCCUUCACGAGAUGCAUGCCGUCAAUAACCACCCAAGACUGGCUGGUUGGUGGGGCCAUCAGAUGUCCACACGAUUCAACAUGGAUAACAAAAUGGACUUGUCAGCAGGGAUAGCAGGAUAUAGGAUUAGUAAUCCUUCCUUGAUGGCUAUCAUACCAGUCAAAGCUAGUCUGGAGAUUUUUGCAAAGACUUCCAUGAGUGCCUUGCGGAAGAAGUCUUUGUUACUGACAGGGUAUCUGGAGUAUUUAGUCAGGUUAUACUUCAGCAAGCCACACUCACUGCCACAGAAUGAGAGUAAUGGCAAGACACUGAACGAUGCAGCUACAGAUAUCUACAUUCAUGUCAUUACUCCCAGUGAGCCUUCUGAGAGAGGAUGCCAGUUGUCAUUGAUGUUCAACACUGCCAUAGAUGACAUAUUCACUCAACUACUGAAGAGAGGAGUCUUGUGUGAUGAACGCAAGCCCAACGUCAUACGUUUUGCUCCAAUUCCUCUCUAUACCAAGUUUGAAGAUGUGUGGCGGAUGGUCCAAGCACUUCGAGAAUCUCUCAAUGCCGUCAAACAGCAGAAGCUAGGCAGGAGCCUGGACGAGCUAGACUGAAUGUAGGUUGGUGCUUCAUCAGGCACUGCAAUAUACAGCAGUACAUCACAUAGUGCAUUUGAAUCUUGAUGUGGAAUCUGAUAACCAUAAUGAAUAUAUAUUUGUACCACCUUUGACAAUGAUGUUACCAGUAGCUAUUACAGAACUGCCACUAUUGCUAAAAGAUAGCAACUACAUUUAAGAGACACAGAGUUAUUGCUUAUUUUUGUAGGCUAGUACCUCAGUGUCUAGGUUUAAAAGAAAUAUUUUGCUGCGAUGAAUUAUUAUUGGUGAAAAAAAAAACAAGUUAAUGUCAGAUGGGAUCGUGUAUACAUGUAGUUGAAAGGCACUGAAUGUGAAGUCCAUAUUUUUGUCACUGUGUGAUAAGUCAAUGGCAGAGUAGAUGUGAAAGGCUUGUCAUGC